CCUGUGCCACAGGCUCACAGCUCCAGAGAGUGAAGUGAAGCAGGUGCUAUAGCUGCAACUGAGCAAGAAGAAAGCAGCAGCAGCAGCAGCCAUGGGAAACAUCCUCCGUUGCUUCAAGGGAGAAGACAGCGGCGGCGAUCACUACCCCUACUACAAGCCGACCUCCAGGCCCCACUACCCGCCUCCUCCUCCUGCAGCCCCAGCUCGGCCCCAGCAGCCUCUCGGCCCCCAUGGCGUCACCCCGUCCACCGUCGGCGUCGCCGCCCUGGCUCACGACCUCCUCAACUUCGAAUCCACAUCCAUGGUUCCUGAUGGCCUCAGCCAGCACGUUGCAUCAUCCAGGAAAGCACAGGUUAAAUGGUACAAGAAUAUGUUGGAGGCGUAUAAGAAUACAACGCCACCACCAAAAACACCAGUCGAUGCUUCUCACCUAAUUGCAAGAGCCCUUCAUAUGAUCCAGAGAUCUGAUUUGGAGGGUAUUCUUGAAUUUUACAACUUUCCAAUCCCAUCGCUCCCCACAUCAUCGUCAAACCACCAGCCAUCCUCACUACCAGAGGGUGUGCAAUUUGUGCUAAAUACUUUGCCGGUUUAUGACAAGUGCAUUGGAGAUGGUGAUGGAUUUACUGCAUAUGUUUCGACAACAGAUCCAAGGGAAUCUGCAAAUGUGCCGCUAGAAGUGCAUGAGAUGGUGAUAGCAAGAACUCAAGCACGCCAAUGUAGGGAUUACCAGAGUGCUGAUGCUCUUCUAAGCAGCCUGGACGAAGCUGGAUACAAGAUAAUAUCUUGUUCAGAUGAUGAGGUCCUUGCAAGGAAAUACAGAAUCAGAAUGAGGGGAAUCGAUGCACCGGAGCUUAAGAUGCCAUAUGGGAAGGAAUCAUGGAAUGCAUUGGUAAAACUAAUUGGUGGGAAGAGCGUCAAAAUUUAUGUAUAUGACCUGGACCAGUUUGGACGCUAUGUUGGUGACAUAUAUUGCAAUAAUGUGUUCAUUCAGGAGCAAAUGCUGAAGAAUGGUCAUGCAUGGCACUUCAAGACUUACGAUAAACGACCAGAGUUUGCAAGAUGGGAGAGAGAGGCAAAAAGUGCAAACCGAGGCCUUUGGGCGUCAGGGAAUCCUGAGAAGCCAUGGGAUUGGAGAAGAGACCAACGCAAUGCAAGGCAGGAAGCCAUUCAGGUGUACUGAAGGUCUACUGAGACUCCAGCUCUCAUUUCCCUAGAAAUGGCCCCGUGAAAAAAAAUCCCUAGAAAUGUGCAUAUAUAUAUAUAUAGUCCGAUAAUGUGGUUAAUGUUGAGUAGUUUGUUGGCAAUAUAAUGAAUGUGUGUCAAAAAAAAGUGUAUGUAUGGUUUAUGUUGCACUUAAGAGAUUAUCCAGGAGUCAGUUUGUUGUGUGUUAACCUGAGAAUGUAGAGAUGAAACGUGGUCAGUGGAAGACAUUUGCUCAGAUAUAAGAACAAGGUGUAAUCUCUGCCACGGACAGUGCGCAGUAGCAACGAAACUUGCUCAUAUCCGAGGGUAAGACAACCCGUACAAAAAUUUU